CAAAAAAAAACACAUUCCAUAGUAACUUUCUAAAGAGAAUUGAACAGGCAGCUGGAGGGGGAGAAAACACAAGGAUCUGGGAAAAGUCGUAGUGGAACCUAGUGGAUAGAUCUGCCAAAGCGGCGGUACUGGCAUAAAUGAGCGAUUCCAUUCUCAUUCCUUCUGCAAUGCGUCGUUCGCCACACAAAUUUUGUUUUAAUACCUACUGUAUUUGCGCGGCGACGAGCAGGAGCUGCUGCAUCUGCCCCGGGUCAUGUCGCGGCGGGAGGCGGUAGAGCCGGUUGCACCGGAAGGGACGCUUUUCGCCGCGGCACGGCUGGCGGGGCGGCUGCGCACUCACUCACGCUCUGGUUCCCGGGCCGCCGCCAUGGCUUCGCCGCCGCCGACCUCCGCCUCCAAGAUGGACAUUCAGAACGCCACGCAGCACCUGCGCGACAUGCUGAAGCUGGACCGGGUGUCCGAGUCGACAGUUGAUGGCCAAAAGAAAACCACGCCCUACAAUGGAGAACUAAAUGGAUUGUUGGUACCAGAUCCAAUUGCAUCUGGAGAUGGGCCUGUUCUCAGAGAGCCAAACCAUGCAAAUGCACACAGGCUGAACCUACAAGAAAAUCAAGAGAUAUACCUCUCCGGUGAUGACAGUUCUAACUGCAUUAUAUCUGCCAAAGAAGUGGAAAUUGUAGCAAGCAAUGACUCCAGUGUCAGUAAUAAGGCUAGGGGUAGCAACAAGGUAAAAAUACAACCCGUUGCAAAAUAUGAAUGGGAGCAGAAAUAUUACUAUGGCAACCUCAUAGCUGUGUCCAAUCAGUACUUGGCAUAUACCAUUCGAGGGGCUAAUGGCAUUGGCAUGGUACGCGUAUUGAGUGUUGGUAUGGCCGAACGGACUUUACUGAAAGGAUUUGCUGGUGGUGUUGCUGAUUUGGGUUUUGCACACCUCAACUCUAACCAGCUAGCCUGCGUUGAUGAGGCAGGCAACCUUUUUGUCUGGCAACUGAAUGAAGAAAAUGGAAAGAUACAGGAAAAAAUUGUAGUGCAUAUUAAGAGACCCGAUGGAACACCUUUAAAUCCAAACAGGAGAAUCAUCUGGUGCCCCUUUAUUCCAGAGGAAAAUGAGGAAAAUGGUGAAGGAAGUCAAACACUUGCUGUUUUACACGAAGAUAGGGCUGAGGUCUGGGAUCUGGAUAUUCUAAGAAACAGCAAUAACACCUGGCCUGUUGAGGCAACAGAUAUAAAGGAAGGCUCUAUUAUUGUGAAGGGACACACAGCCCGGAUCAGUGAAGGUGCUUUAUCGCCAGAUGGAACAGUCCUUGCAACUGCAAGCCAUGAUGGAUAUGUGAAGUUUUGGCAGAUCUACAUAGAGGGGCAAGAUCAGCCGAGGUGUCUUCAUGAAUGGAAGCCCCAUGAUGGUAGACCGUUAUCUUGCCUUCUCUUUUGUGACAAUCACUUAAAACAGGAUCCAGAAGUCCCUUUCUGGCGUUUCUUGAUUACUGGAGCAGAUCAGAAUAGAGAGCUGAAGAUGUGGUGUACUGUGUCAUGGACUUGUUUACAGACUAUCAGGUUUAUGCCUGACACUUUUAAUACCAAUGUGCAGCCAAGUCUGAAAGCUAGCUUGGAUCUAUCUGCAGAAUAUCUAAUCCUCAGUGAUGUUCAGAGAAAAGUGUUGUACGUGAUGGAGCUACAUCAGAGCCAGGAUGAUGGCAAAGCCCAUUUUGUCUCCAUAUCCGAAUUUUUGCUUACCCACCCAGUGCUCAGCUUUGGCAUUCAGGAUGUCAGCAGAUGUCGGCCGAGACACACAGAGGUCCUGCCUGCUGAGGAAGACAGUGAGACUUUAAGUGCAGAAGGAAAUCCUGGCCCCAUUGAAUCUUCAGUAGUACAGAUAAAAUUGUACUGUGUACACACCAAAACACUUCAGGAUGUGCAAAUUUAUUUUCAACCUCAUCAGAAUGCAGAAGAACCUACAUUAAUGCCCUCUGCUGUUUCCCAUGAAGAUUUCAGUAAACCAUCUAACAGAUGUGAGCAUUGAGGGUGCAUCAUCUGAUAAGGCUCUGGUAGAGGUUCUCAGCAUGACCUGCGGCGGAUAGUUGAUCUUCCAGCACCUGCAGAUUUCCUUUCUGUUGCUAAUGAUGUGAAACCAAAGUUAAUGACUCCAGAUGCUUUCAUGACUCCUAGUGCUUUGUUGCAACAGGUUGUGAUUAAUAUUUGUUCCUAUUCUGUGUCACCAGGAAGCAGCGUAAGCACUUUGACAGCAGUGACUGGUUUGAGUACUAGCUCUGCUAAUGAGACUGGAGCAUCAAGACCUGCUGAAGACUUGUGUUUAAGUCCAAAGGUGACGUUAGAGAGUGUGACUCUUGGUGGCAGUACAAGCAACAGUGUCCAAGCUAGUCCCAGAAACAAUUCUAUACAGCUUAUCCCAGGACUUUCUGACCAGCUUCCUACAAAACCUCUUCAGGUUACUGGUGCUAACUCAUCACUUCCUUUGGAGCUUCAGUCUGUGGACCCCCUUUGUGUGCCUCAAAGUUCACCAACACGGGAACGUUCCCCUGAUGUGAUCUCUUCUGCUUCCACAGCAAUGUCUCAGGACAUUCCAGAAAUAGCCUCAGAGACCCUUCAGCGUGCAUUUGCAGGCUCUGUGUUACCCAGUGAGGUUCUGGAGCCUAACCACCAUAUGGAUAGCAUGGCCUCUGCAGCUUCAGCCCUGCAUCUGUUAUCUCCAAGAAGUAGGCCUAACUCAGAACAUAGCCAUCACUCUCUAGAUAUGCCUCAGAUGGAAGUGGAACGGCUGAGCACUCCAUCACUUUUAGAAACAGUCUUGUCUCAGGAUAAUACAGCAGGGGAGAAUGUCGCCAGCCAACCUUGGCCAGCAGCACCUGAUGUUACUCGAGAGACUCGUAACAGCAUCAACGAGAGCUCCAGAGACGAUAUGCAAGAGAAGCAUAAGAACUCCACCUUCCAUAGGCAUCCAUACCAGCUACAUCAGCAUGACAGUCAGGAUGCCAGUGCUGAACAGAGUGAUCACGAUGAAGAAGUCGCAAGUCUUGCUACCACAUCGUGCAGCUUUGGUUCAAAAUCUGCCUCUCAUCGACUUCCAGUUAAAGACUGGAAAUCAAAAAUAUCUCCACGAUCCUCUCCCAAAUUGAAGAGAAAAAACAAAAGGAAGAUGGAAGUAGCAAAAUUUGGAAAUGAGGUACAAACUAAAUUGGAUUACUCUCAUGACGCAGUUGAAACAAAGGAGUUUAACCAUGUAAAUCAAAUAGUUCCUAUGUUCAGAGAACUAACUUCAUUAAAGGAGACCACACAGUCCCCAAGAUCAGAACAGCAGCAACAGUUCAACACAAACCAACAGGAGGAGUUGCUGUCCCUGAUACGCAGUCAACAGAGGGAGCUCUGUGAAUUGAGACAGAAUCAGUUAGAACUUGUGCAGAGGCUCACUGAUCACAUGGAUGCAGUCCAGGGCUCAAUUAUGGGGCACGUGGAGCGAAUUAUGGUCACGCAGCAAGAACAAGAACAGAGACGAACAGAUAGGAUCUUGGCAGAAGGACGUGAAAGAAAUGGACAGCUUCAGGAGCAGUUCUCUCAUCAACUAUCUCAGACAUUAGCAAAUUCUAUCAGUAAUCGCAUAGAAAAGACUGUUCGUGAUGAGAUGAAGAAAAGCUUACCACAAUCUAUUUCCAAAAGUCUGGAGCCAGUGUCUGGUCAGUUGAAUAAUCAGAUUGCAACCAAGCUUGCAGCAAUUGAAGAUAUUAAAAGAAAUGUAACAAAAAUGGUAAAAUCUAAGAACACUGCAGAGAGUAUUGGAAGAGCUGCAGCUGAUGCUUUGCAAGGACCAAUACAAACUACGUACAGAGAGGCAUUCCAGAGCAUAGUUGUACCGGUGUUUGAAAAAGCAUGCCAGUCAAUGUUCCAGCAAAUAAAUGACAGCUUCAAACAGGGAACUCAGGAAUAUAUCCAGCAACUUGAGAUCCACCUUCAGUCAAAGAAGACCCAAGAGCAAGAAAUCAGAGAUCCAAUGAUCAGUCAGUUACAACAAAUGAUUGAUCACUUCCAGAAUGCCACAGAUCACCUUGCUGCUACCAUCACAAAUGGUAUGCGUUCAGAGAUGCAACAUCAGCUUCACAUCAUUGUUGGCAAUUUGCAGGAAUCAAUUUUAACUCAAGUGCAAAGAAUCGUUAAAGGAGAAGUUGGACUAGCAAUGAAGGAACAACAGGCUGCUGUUGCUUCUAGCAUUAUGCAGGCCAUGCGAUCAGCUGCUGGAACCCCAAUCCCAUCGACUCACAUGGAUUUCCAAUCCCAGCAGGCCCACAUUUUGCAGCUGUUGCAGCAGGGACAACUUAACCAAGCUUUUCAACAGGCUUUGACUGCAGCAGAUCUCAACCUGGUACUUUACGUCUGUGAAACUGUGGAUUCUCACCUGGUCUUUGGUCAGCAUCCUUGCCCCCUAACUCAACCAGUUUUGCUUUCACUGAUUCAACAGCUCUCUACUGAUCUCAACUCUCGCACAGAAUUAAAACUUGGUUACCUGGAAGAUGCAGUCAUGAAUCUAGAUCACACAGACCCAGUUGCUAGGGAUCAUAUGGGUUCUGUAUUAAAUCAAGUGCGACAGAAACUGUAUCAGUUCAAUCAAGCAGAACCUCUCAAUAAUGUGAGCAAAAGAGCUCGAAGACUUACAAUGAUGCUUCAAGGACUGGUGACUCCACUGAGUUAAAUCGAACUCUAUGGCUGAUUGUGCUUCCGCCAUCUGUAAAGUUUGUGUUAUAACUAUACGAUUCACAUCUGUGUGUUACUAAUUAAUAUAACUUUGUUUUAUAUAAAGAAACAGACUCUAGGAUUGUGUCUCCCUUACCUGUGGUAAGAAAAUUGGUUUGGAGCCACAGGUUAGUCUGCCUAAUGCAUUAGUUACUUUUCUUUUUAUGACCUUUCUCUAAUUUGGAUAGUCCAUUUUAUAUGUUGUUCAGUUUAAAACAAAACUAUGUAAAUAUAAACAUUUGCUUUCCUACUCUAUAGUUACAUUUGUGAAACAGCAAAGGCGAAAUCAACACAGAAUGCAUAAUCAGUAUGUUAGCAUAAGUGCAUCAAAUACAAAUAAUAACUGAAGAUCAGAUUUCUGUUCUCCCAAAUUCUUUAGGUAUUAAACAGCAUCUCACUAUGAAAUUCUGACCUCAAGGCUUAGAGUUGAAUACAACUGUCAUAAGUUGAAUGAGCAUCCAAAAUAUAUUUUCAGAAUAUUUCUAAUUAGUGUUGGGCUGUUACUAUUUGAAAUUCACCCAGCAAAUAGUUUAUUUCCAUCAUGUUAGUUUAAAAGAAAAAAAAACAAGUUUGUGUUUAUUGAUGAUGUUUUUCAGCAUUUACGAUUUUGUUGUAAUUUUACAUUUGCUUCCUUUUUAUCUUGAAAUUUCCUGUUUUGGAUAAUGUUUCAAAAACAUUCACAAUAAAAUGACUUUUUGGAAAUUAUCUGGAUUGGUUUAUCCUUAAAUCAUUAGCAUUGAUUUAAACUUUUGAACAUUGCAAAAUGUUUCAUAUCUGUUUUACUGAACCAGUUGUCAGGGUAACUGCUACCUUUUGUAUGAUAUUUUGUAACUUUUUGGUUCUUGUGUUUUUAUGAUCCUUCAAAAAAAAGUUAUAACUUU